UUAUCUUAAUAUGGGAUUUAUAAGGUGUCUAUAAAGGUAGUAAAUUAAUCAGUAUAACAGGAAUGUCUUCGGACUUAAAUCGAAGUACGAUAUAUAACUGAUAACUAUGCUUCAGGAUAUAUAUAAACAGGAGUAAUAUAAAACGGGCUGUGUUCAAACAACUUUGAUAUUGCCUGUUGUCCACGUGUAAUUGGCUUGUUUAGUGGCAUACUCAGGCAACCUUGUUUUAGAAACCUUGGUUAAAAAAAAAAAAAAAAAAAAAAAAAAUGGUGAAAAGAAUAGUUAUGAGCUGAAGCAAUUGUGGUUGGUUUGGUUGAGAGAGUAAAUCGUUCUUCAUUAACUACUAACAAUAUAUUUGCUCUUGAUUUAUCCGUUUUCAUCUGUGACCUUCCAACCCCGUUAUGGUAAAUCCCAAACGUAAAUAAGGGCAAGCCGAAAAUCUUAGAAACCUCUACAGUAUAAAAAUAAUCAUGGAAAACUUUAACCUCCAUUCUAAUCUUCGUAGAUAACAGAGUCACUACGAACGACAGAAAUUGGAUGACGUCUGUAAGUGAGAUGAUGCAUGGCGUGUCCCAGCAACUGCCAUCUAUCGACCAGGCUGUUACCACCAUGUCCUUCCUCGCUUUCGGAAUAUUUAUGGCCAAUCUGGUAGUCCAAGCCGUCGCCAAUAGCUCAUCUCUUUCCAUCUUGGGGAGAGAAGACAGCAGUUCUUUCGUCGGAUUGGACAAUUUCCCGCUCGAUUUCUCCAAUCUGGACUUCGACCUCGGCUUAGGCUUCGGGAGAGAAAAUGGCCUGGAUGAGGAGGAUAAGAAAGACAUUUUGAAAGAGACUGCAGAUGUCAUCAGGGAAGUUUAUGUUGGUCUCCACCAGAUGGCUAAGCUAAGCGUGACGCACCUGGUGGGGGCGCUGGGGACGGAAGCUCCGCAGUCGCGAGUCCCGCCGGGCGCCGAGGGACUUCCGCCCGAGUGCCUGCGCCUCCUGCUCUGCGAGGGCCACCGCGCCACGUCGCCCUUCUUUAGGGGCACCGCGUCCUACAAGCUCCUCCCCUUCUGGACCGUUGGCGUGAGCUGGCUGUCGGGAGAAACGAACGUGCCGCGCCUCCUGGAGGAAAUGCGCGCCGAGGUGGCCGGUCAGAGCGGACUCGACUGUUCAGCCCUCUACCCGCAGUGCGAGGACGUCGGGACGGUCGAGAGCAUCGUCAGUCAAGUGGUUUCUCAGCUGGAGGGCGCAGGAAUGGUUCGCGAGGAGGACGGAGAAAGAGGGAGAAAUGCCGCGGACGGAAGAGAGGCCGAUAAUUUCACGAGGGAGAGCGACAACGAGACUGAGCUGUUCUCCACGUCGUCGAAUGAUUUUGAUGAUGGGGACGAUUUAUUGAUCACUGGCGGAAGUUACGAUUUUGAAAUAGAACACUAGAUGACGAUUUUUCAUAUAGAUCGAGGUAGCUAGACCAAAAAGGGAAAUUUAUGUACAAAGGAUAAUGUAUCAACAUUUUAUUCAUGAUGUUUCUUCAUCGCACGAAGUUGCACUCACGGAAUUCCAUACAUUAAUUACAGAUUCAUAGACUAGGCUAUAUAGUGUUUGUGUUUAGUUUAUGAUAAUGUAUAUAAUAUAGAAUCCAAAUCGUAUAAAUACGAUUAGUUUCGGGUGAGGUAUUUGGGCAGUAUAAAUCUCCAGCCACAAAGUUGUAAAGCAUUGCUAUUAUUUUUAUUAUGAUAAUGAUUAUUAUAAUUAAUAAUAAUAGCAGUAGUAAUAGACGCAGUACUAGCGAUAGGUUUGGUUGUAGUAUUUGCAGUAUCAGCCAUUAUAGUAGUAAAAAUACAGUAGCAUGAA